AGCUGCCCGCGCACUCGGACGUGUUUUCGCAUCCGUUCCGGGCCCCCAACUCGCACCGCCCGCCACCGCCCAGCGCACAAGAAACAGGAACGAGGCCCGAGAUACGAGACUAUAAUGUGACUGGCCAGGAUGGACUUCCAGAAUCGCAACAACACGGCCAACAAGUUCGUCUGCCCCAGCGACAGGCAGCUGGCCCUGCGUGCCAAAUUAAAAGCCGGCUGGAGCAGCUCAAAGACGAGUGAACCACUACGACCGGAGGAGCAGGAGGCCAUCAUCUCGGUGAUCCGGCGUAACGAGGAGAUCGAGGUGGCCGAGCGGCAGCGGGUGGGUCGGCUGGUGGAGCGAGUGGAGAAGAUCAAGCAGCAUGCCGUGGAGCGGGGACCCAACUGCUGCCGCCUCUGCGGCGACACCUUCGGCAUCCUGCGACCCCAUCGCAUCCUGUGCGAGGACUGCCGCCAGUCGGUGUGCACCAAGUGCAGCGUGGACAUCAACAUUCGGUACCACACCAGCGAGCGGUCCCGCGAGAUCUGGCUGUGCCGCAUCUGCUCCGAGACCCGCGAGAUGUGGAAGAAGUCGGGCGCCUGGUUCUUCAAGGGCCUGCCCAAGUACGACAUGCCGCGCAGCGCCAGUGCCACGCCCAUUCCCACCCCAGGACCCGGAUCCAUGGCAGGAGACACGCGGGCCGUUCAAAGCUGUCAUGCGACGCCGACGCGUCCGGCGCGGGUGAAGAAGCUCACGAUCCGGGUGAACGACAGCAGCUCCAGCAGUAGCGGUCACUCGGAGCCGGAGGACGAGGUGGACGCCGGCGUGGUGGGCCUAGUGGGCGGUGGAGGCGUGGCCAAGGGCGUUACCUCCUCCGGCCGAUUGCAGCGGGAGGACAGCUUCCGGCUGAGGGCCUACGGAUCCAUACGCAGCUUCAUCGAUGGCGGCGAGCGGAAGUUGUCCAACUCCUUCUUCUUCGGCCGCCAGCAGAGUCAACGGCCGUCGGAGUGUCCGGACUACGACAGCGUCAGCAUGUCCAAGCUGAGGCGGGAGAGCAGUUUCCUGCGCCGCGGCUCCGUCAGCUCCUCCUGGUCGAUCAGCGACAGCUCCGGCUCCGGAUCCAACAACUCGGGCAACUCCCAGUCGCAAUCGCAGUUCCAGCAGCAUCACCAGCAACAGCAGCUGCACUGCCGGGAUCCGCUGCUCGGUUGGCUGGAGAUAGCCAUCAGCUAUCGGGAGGCCUUCCACAGCCUCGACUGCACCAUGGUGCGGGCGCGGGAUCUGCCGGCCAUGGAUGCCGCCGGACUGACGGAUCCGUACUGCAAGCUCAACAUCAUCACGCCGGAGGCGCACACCAAGUACACGCGAUGGCAGCGCACCAAGACGGUGCACAAGACCCGCAAUCCGGAGUUCAACGAGACGCUGCAGUUCGUCGGCGUGGAGCCCGAGGAGCUGGGCAACUCGCUGCUCUAUGUGGCCCUCUUUGACGACGACAAGUACGGCCACGACUUCCUCGGCGCGGCCAAGGUCUGCCUUUCCACGGUGCACAGCACUGCGCAGUACCGGAUCUCGGUGCCCCUGGGCGUGGAGGACCAGUACAGCAACGCGGCGGAGAUGGCCCAGAACUGGCCCAACGGCAAGAUUCUGCUCUCGCUGUGCUACAACACCAAGCGGAGGGCGCUGGUGGUGAACGUGAAGCAGUGCAUCAACCUGAUGGCCAUGGACAACAACGGCAGCUCCGAUCCCUUCGUCAAGAUCCAACUCAAGCCGGAUGCGCACAAGAACAAGAAGCACAAGACCAGCGUCAAGUGGCGCACGCUCAAUCCCAUCUACAACGAGGAGUUCUACUUCGAGGCCAGUCCCCACGACCUCAACAAGGAGAUGCUCAUCCUGACCGUCUGGGACAAGGAUCUCGGCAAGAGCAACGACUUCCUCGGCAGCCUGCAGCUGGGCGCCCAGAGCAAGGGCGACCGCCUGCAGCAGUGGCUCGACUGCAUCCGAUUGCCAGACCACUUCCACGAGAAGUGGCAUUGCCUCGCCCCCGAUAAUCCCGCCCACUGAGAAGACCCACCCAUCCAAGUCCCAACUCGAUCCACCCCAAUCCCAGUCGGUUCGAUCUUAUCUGAACCGAUGGGUAAGUUUUCCUGUAAGACGCAUUUUUACGAACUGAUUUCUCGGGCAAGUUACGGAUCAUAUGCCAAAAAAUAAUUUAAAUUAGAAAUUUUUUGAAAAACAUUUUUAAAAUAUUGAAACAUAACUAGAUUUUUGUAACAAAUUUUUGCAAUUUUCCUGCUUUACUUUUUAUUUUGACUUUUAAUGCUUUAAGUCAUAGCAUUUAAAAAAUUUAAUUUUUUUCACUUCAUAAUAAUAAAGAUAAACUAGAUCACAUAGAUCGUAUUUGGAACUUCCCUAAAAAAAACAACAUAACUAAACUAAACGAGAAAUCAGGUCGCUAAAAUGAGGCUUUAGCUCCAAAUAUACACAUAUAUAUUAACAUAUACAUACAUAUAUAUUAUAUACAUAUAUUUUUGAUAAGCCUGAGUGGGUGUGAGCGAGCGAGCACAAGCUCAAGAGCGAGAGAGCGCUAGGAGUGUUGUGUGUUUGAGUGACUGCUUUCCAAAAUCUCGUACUUAACCCCAGUUUUUCUAUGUCUAUACUUUGGCUCCUAACGACAUUUUUGUACACUGUAUAUAGCUUAUUUAAGUGUCCUUACCAAGGGUUAACCAACAUCAAAAUCUUUUCGAUUCAUUGCUAAAUUUAAUCUAUAAUCAAACGUAUACUUAUGUACUUCAAUAUAUCGAAAUAUAUAAAUCUAUAUUCUCAAAAAAUACCAAGUGCUUCUUAUUGGGCUAUGUAGUGUUGUGAAGUGGAGUAUAACUCAAGUCAUAAAAUCUGUCAUAUCAACUUAAUAAAUAGCUCAAGCAACAACCAAAAAUCCACUGCUUACGCCACAGAACCGAAAACAUAUUACAUUGUUUAAUGUACUGAUAAGCGGUGUUACUACCUCAACCCCCACC